AUGGGGAAUAUUGCCAACUCUGAUUGCUCCUUCUGCUUAAACUCUGAAACCCUUUUACACGUAGUUGCUGGAUGUCAUGCGUACCUCCCACAAUUUACAUGGAGACAUGAUGCUGUUCUGAACUUCAUAGCACAAACGCUACAACCUGUAAACAACUCCAAUCUUUUCGUCGAUCUUCCUGGUUAUAAAAGCCCAUCAAUUGUAACUGGUGACACAUUCCGUCCAGAUCUACUUCUAUCCAUCAACUUGGAUUGUCUCUAUAUCCUUGAACUUUCUGUUGGUUAUGAGUCUAAUCUACAAACAAAUGUUGAUCGGAAAAGAAGAAGAUACGAAGAUCUCAUUACACAGCAAAAGAAACAAUUUAA